CACACGUGACGGCGCCACAUGCACGACGAAUAGGAGUCAUCGGGGUUUUCUGCUUCUACUGAGCCGUGGAAUCGGCCAUUACUCCAAUAUUUCUCCCGCGAACAAACACCUUCAAUCCACGAUGAAGAAACAAAAGAGUCUACAAAAAUCGGGACAAUUGUUUUUAUGCGUUUGCAUAUCCAUACGUUUGACGAUGUAAAAAAUUCUUGAAAAUUUUCAACAAUAAUUAUUUUCAAAAAACUGCAUAUAUUUCGAAUUUGUACAAUUUGUGGAACAUACAAAUUAGAUACGUACGUACAUAUAUACAAAGUGAGUGAAUAACACUCGAGAAUCAUUUACCUAUUGAUUUAUUUUAGAGAAAAUGUUUUUCUGUUAUUUUAUUUCUAGAGUACAUUACAAAAAAAAAAAGAAAAAAAGAAACAAAUAGAAACAAUAGAAGAGAAAAAAAUAGAAGAGAAAGGUUACUUCGUUUGGUGGUAUUGAAUUACCUUGUAUAAAAUAUUACUGGAUAUUUUUCGAACGUCUAAUGUAUUAUAUACGAUUAUAUUUGUCGAUAAUGGUAGUUACUCGAACGAAAUUACGUUUGCUUCCUUUGUCAAAAUUAAAGAGAAACUGUUUGGGGGAGGAAAAUAAAAUGCGAAAAAAAUAACAGAGACAAGAGGUAGCUUUCAGCUGUCCCUUCUCAGAAGGUAUCAUAGAUGCGACUUCGUGUAUGUAAGUACAUACAUACGUGCGUAACACCGGUAGCAUGAGAAAGCGAGAGUGCCAUAUCGAUCCGAUUCGUUCCUCGUCUACCUACCUCAACCCUGACUUGGUCUCUCCGUUUCGUGGAGCGAGUAAAAUGGGACACCCGGUAUAUGAUCGUGGAGGUCCCGAUAGAGAGGAAAUAGCGAAGGAAAAGUUAGCGAGUCCUACGCCGGUGGGCUGUUUUGGGCGGACGACGGCUGUGCACAAAAACGGCGGCAGUCAAGUUCAAGGCCACCGCCCCCUCCAGCAGGUCCAUGGCCGCCGCCGCCGCCGCCGCCGCUAUUGCCGCCGCCGCCGCCGCCACCGCUACCACCACCGCCGGCUACCCCCACCAACGAUCAUCGCGAUAUACCCACGGUCUAUGUAUGUUUGUAUGAUGUCUGGCGCUACUACCGAAGGUAUGAUAUGCUACAACAGAACCAUGCCAAACAUUAAACAAGAAGUCGACAACCCCGCCACGCCUACACAAAACUAUCAAGUUUGUUCACCGACCACUACACUGCAAAACCAGGAGGCAAUUUGCACAAAAAUGGAUGUGCCGCCUGAUUAUGGCGGCGGCGGCGGCGGUGGGGGUGGUGGUGGUGGUGGUGGUGGUGGUGGUGGUGGCGGUGGCGGCAGCGCUUGUAGCGGAAAUGGAGGCGGUGGUAGUGGAAGUCCAGGUAGUCCAGAGAUGCAUCACUGUUCUUCGACAACUCAACCUUUAGGAACUCCUGAGGAAGGCAUUAAGGAGGAAGAUAUGAUGCCUAGGCGAUUGUGUCUCGUUUGCGGAGACGUCGCGAGUGGAUUCCAUUACGGUGUCGCGUCUUGCGAAGCGUGCAAAGCUUUCUUUAAGAGGACCAUACAAGCGAGUAACUUUACAGGUAACAUUGAAUAUACUUGCCCGGCAAACGGAGAGUGCGAAAUAAAUAAACGUAGGAGAAAGGCGUGCCAGGCCUGCAGAUUUCAAAAAUGUCUUCGCCAGGGAAUGCUAAAAGAAGGCGUGCGAUUGGAUCGGGUUAGAGGUGGCAGGCAAAAAUACAGAAGGUCUACGGAUCCUUACAUCCCCGUGAAAACGGCUACUCUGGAAGCGAGCGUAGCAUCCGGAGGAUCUGGGGAACAAAUAAAUAACAAGAUGGUCGAAGCUCUAGCUGCGUGCGAGCCCGAUAUUUUACAAGUAUCCAAUCUUUCUCACACUUUGGACACAGAUCAAAGGAUACUGGGACAAUUGUCGGAUCUAUAUGACCGCGAAUUAGUUGGAAUUAUCGGUUGGGCUAAGCAAAUACCGGGGUUCAGCAGUUUAGCUUUAAACGAUCAAAUGCGGCUUCUACAAAGUACAUGGGCGGAAAUCCUAACUUUCAGUUUAGCAUGGAGAAGUAUGCCUAAUAAUGGCAGAUUGUGGUUCGCUCAAGAUUUCAGCUUGGAUGAACGCCUGGCACGUGAAUGCCAUUGUACAGAGCUAUAUACGCAUUGUAUCCAGAUCGUAGAAAGGAUUCAACGAUUGAGUUUGAUCAAAGAAGAGUACUACGUACUGAAGGCAUUGAUUCUAGCGAAUAGCGACGCGAGAUCGGACGAACCUCAAGCGCUAUAUCGCUUCCGUGACGCAAUAUUAAAUUCCCUUUCGGAUUGCGUAGCAGCCGUAAGGCCAGGACAGGCGUUACGUGCUACGCAAAACAUGUUCCUAAUACUGCCUAGUCUUAGACAGGCCGAUGGAAUUGUAAGGAGAUUUUGGUCGAGUGUUUAUAGAACGGGCAAAGUGCCGAUGAACAAGCUCUUUGUAGAGAUGUUGGAAGCUGCCUAUUAUCGAUGAAACAGCUAGAACCUGGUCGAAUGCUAUCAUUGAAAUUGAUACGAGUUCGUCAAAGUUAUCAUUAAUUGUCGAUGUAAAAUAACCAUCACGCGGAAAUAACAAAGGUGUUACUCACGUUUUCGAAACUAAAGAGAAUGACAGUGAGUGAAUGAUAAGUGAGAGGAACAGUGCAGUUCUGUUCUUUUUUUUUCGAACAGACUCGCGAACAAAAAGUUCUUUAUUUUUCAAAGGUGAAGCGUGGAGUGAUUUCGACCAGUGUUUCCCGACGAUCAUCGAACCUUGCGUAUAGUUCUGAGAUACCGUUAGCUGUCUUUGUUUAAAGUAACCAAGCUUUCCUUUUCAAGUACCCCUUUUACAGGUAUAGGAAAAGGAAUGUGAUUUCAGCAUAAAACGCGGAGAGAAUAAAAUGCGAGGAGCCUACGUUUAGAGGUAUCAUUAUAGGAUAGUAUAUAGUCUGUUGAUCGACAGAUCGCACUACCAAAUAAAUAUGUUUUUGUUUACACACUUGAUCAUUAUGAUCGUGACAUCGAGUCAAUGAUCGUACAAGUCAGAUCGAAGUUUAGUAAUUGUGGUGUUUGAUGAACUGUGGGUGUUUGAUGUUACAUAUUUGCAAUAGAGAUACGCUAAUCAUCUCAUGCUUGUCAUUAAUCUGGAUUCAUAUAUCGUUUCUGGCGGUUAGUUAAUUUAGCAAGAGGAACGUACGUGCGUAACGCUAAUAAUUUAAAAAAAAAGAUAAUACAAAUGUUUACUUGGCAUUAUAGGUGGCAUUAAAUGUUGAAAGUAAUAAUAAUUAAAACUUAAGCUAGAUGUAUCGAACAUCCAUAGUUACAGCACUUUAAACCUUUAGGGCGUAUCGUUGUACAAAUAAAACCAGUGAUAAGAAUAGGGUUGAUCAAGUUGGAGAGAUGAAAAGAAAGAGAAAGAAUGACUGGAUCGUUCUCGAAUUAGAGCCACGUUGUUUUUUUUUUUUUUUUUUCUUUCUUUUUUCUUUUUUUUUUUUUUUUUUUUAAUUUCUUUUGUAUAAGAUACAUUAGGAAUAUAUUUUAAGAACGGACUUUGGCCAGGUUGCCAGGUUCAUGAGAGUAAAAAAGAGGAGUUUAAUUGUUUGUUAAAAUGAUCGCGAAAAUAUUGCGCGUGCCACACAAAAAGUGUAGGAGAAUAUAUAUAUGUAUAUAUAUAUAUAUAUCAUAUAUUAUAUAGAAUAUAUAAAUAUGUAUAUAUAUACAUAUAUAUAUUCAGGGAUCUUUAUUAUCUAGUUAUUACCGUUAUGAGUAUCGCGUGCGGGUCGUGUGCAUAGUACUGCUUCUAUGGAAGGAAGGUCGUUAUGUAACAAGAGCUACUAUUCUAACGUGAAAGUUCAGUACGAAUUGAAUAUAAAUUUGUUUUAUGGAGCUUUCUUUAGCAAUAGUUUGUCAUCAGCCAUAACAUUUUCACAGAUAUUUGUAUUUUUCUUUUUGCCUUAUAUAUUCGCGCGAAAUUAAAAGCACGAUGUAAGAAAUUGAAUCUGUUUUAUCGGAAGGAACAAUCGAUUUUGUUACUUGUUAUAUUUGAAAUUUAUAUCUAAUAUAUCUCUCGAGAUGUAUCGGCAGCGUCCGUGAACUUAAUUUUCUCUUUAACAAUAAGGAUACGAGUAAUGACUACGAAGUAACCAAUUCCUGCACAAAAGAGAAACAAAAUAUUAUCGAAUUAAAGUAACGUACAAACAAUCGUUCGAAGAAUCGGUGAAAAUGUUAUGCAUCGGUGUAGUCGUAUCGUAUAUCGUCACUUUUACGGUGCAAUAUAUAGUUCAGUCGCGUCGUUGCAUUAUCCAAACCAUGGAAAUGUGGCAUUAUUCCUUUAUUUUGACCUUGCUUUUCCUUCUUGUCCUUUUAUCUUACAACGUUUCAUCUAUCCUGCAUUUACGUACGAUGAAUAUUUCAUGAUACUGACUUCCCAUAUCUUAUUCGUGUAAGUUCUUUCAAGUUUUCCUGCUUGAUGAUUUGUUCCUCGUCAUGAAGUAGAUAGCAUAAUAAAUGAAAUGAAAACAUGGCUGUUCAGCCACGGCGAAUUUUAUCUGUGUUCUUUACAGCUUGCUACAUUUUUCUCUCUUUCUCGUUCAUUACGUGGCUUAUUUUUUAAAUACAUAUACAUAUGGUUUCGAUUUUUUUUCCCCAUGGAUAAAUUUCACUUUAAGAUGUCAACAAAAAAAUUGAAAGUAAUCAACGAAAAGGACUGACGCAAGAGAGAUCUUUUCUGUAUCUCUUGCGAAUGAAACUUUUUUUCCUAUCGGUAAAUAAAUUAUUGUUCAGUUAUUAUAUUCACUUUUCUUAUAAGUUUUAUACUUUCGAUUUAACUAACAUCAAUUCAUUCGUCACGCUCUUCCUUUUCGUUUUUAUCAAUGUAAAAGUGUUUCUUCUUUAGACUGUGAUAUUUACACAUUAUUUGGCUUUCUCUUUUGUGGAAUUAUUGGCGUUCCGUCAAAAUUCGAACGUUUUAGUUUAUGAGAUCUUGUAAUAUAUUAAUAUGAAUUUAUCUUGUUCUGCUUUUUUUUUUUGUUAUUUUUCUUGAGUUGGUUUCAUAAUAAUUUACCAACUAUUUCCAUGUAUGUAAAAAUCGAUACGUUAAAUUAAUUUUUCUACUAUCGCGCAUGGUGAAACUAUGUUAACCAGAUUGGGCGAUAAGGGUGGUGUUUCAUAAAGCUUAGCUUAAUUCGCGCGUCGUUGAUCAGCUUUUGUCAUAUCUUGAUAAUCCGAUUCGUUACUUGAUUUAUUAUUUUCAAGUGGAAUUCAAUGUAUCUUCUACGUGCAUACGAUCGUUUAUUAUAAAUCCGACAAUAAGAUACGAUAUAUGUAAAACUUUCGUAGUGCGAUGGUAUUGAACUAUUAAAUAUCAGACGCGCUGAACUAUUAAAAAUACGGAAAAGAACGGGUAAGAAUAUUGAAGAAAUAUUUUCUUAAUCAAAGCGUUCCACCUAAAAGCAAAAAUGUAUUUUUAUGAAACCGACUUUUAUAUGGUCCCCAUCGAAAUUGAGAAAUCCACAAAUUUUCGUAAGCUUUUAUUUUAUAUUUUUUUUUUCCAUCAUUUAAUCAUCAUCCAUUCGCCGUGGCAUAGAAUCGUAGUCUCAGGGUUGCAUACAAACAAAUAAACAAACGAUACAAACCUCGAUACAUACAAAUAGUUAAGAAUGCGAAUAUAUUUGUGAAGCAAACAUUAUAAUAAUAGUAAUAAUAAAAGAAUAAUAAUUAUAACAUUAAUAAUAAUAUUAAUAACGAUAAAGAUAAGGAGACGAUUAAUGCUGUAACUCACUAUGUUAUAUAAUGAAGCUUAUGUGUUACGAAGAUGGAAAUUAUUUAUAUAUAAAAAAAAAAGAAAGAAGGAAACGCAUAUAUGAAAACGGAUGGAAGAGAAAAUCCGGCAGAAGUAAAAUUCUUUUGUGUUAAGGAAUUAAGAAUGGUCGACUAUUUUUGCCCAAAUAAAGUGGGGAUUUCGACUAUUUGUUUUCCAAAUCGUUAUUCAUUUUAUCCGUCCGCGUGUUUGGCUUCAAAUCAUUUUUCGUCGUCGACAUUGAUUAUUCAAACGUGCAUAUUUUUCUUUUCAGAGGACAAACAAAAAAGGAUGAAAUCGAUUUAUUUUUGUUAUAAUAGAGCGAUUAAAUAGAUGUGUGUAUGUAAUAUGUACAUUUUGUAUUUGGUGCGAAGAAGAUUACAAAAAAAAAAAAAAAACAA